AUGGCGCCGAAUUUGUUCGGCAGUUCAGCGACUUUGUUCCUCGAAGCCAGUCAGCAAGAUGUAUCGCAGAAGAAAUCAGCGGCUGAGAAGACCGCGGUGCAAAAAUUGUCCCUACAAAAGACGCAAGACUCGAAGCCUAAGUAUCAAUGGAAGAUCGUCUGGAGGAACGUAAUAGCUUUUGUCUACCUCCAUGUCGGGGCAAUUUACGGAUUAUACACUGCACUAAUGUUUGCCAAAUUCUACACGCUUGUUUGGGCUUUGUCAUUCUCAGCGUUUGCUGCUGUCGGCGUUACUGGUGGUGCUCACAGGCUAUGGGCCCACCGAUCUUACAAAGCGAAGUGGCCGUUGAGAAUCAUUCUCAUGAUUUUUCAGACGAUGGCUUUCCAAAAUCACAUUUACGAGUGGGUGAGGGAUCACAGGGUCCACCACAAGUUCACGGACACGGACGCGGAUCCGCACAACGCGCAGAGGGGCUUCUUCUUCUCGCAUAUGGGCUGGCUUUUAGUUCGCAAGCAUCCGGAUGUCAUUAAAAAGGGUGCCACAAUCGAUAUGAGCGAUCUCGAGAAGGAUUUCGUCGUCGUCUGGCAACGCAGAUUAUACAUUAUCCUGAUGCCACUCUUCUGCUUCCUUCUUCCCACCUGGCUACCGUGUUACUACUGGAACGAGAAACCCAUGUACGCGUGGUACGCCACCGUCUUCCGAUACACGCUCUCGUUGAACCUGACCUGGCUGGUGAACUCCGCCGCUCACAUAUGGGGCAUGAAACCAUAUGACAACACCAUCAGCCCUACUGACAGCCUUUCCGUCGGUCUGAGCGCCUUUGGCGAGGGCUGGCAUAACUACCAUCACGUAUUCCCGUGGGAUUACAAGGCCGCCGAGUUGGGCAACUACCGAACCAACUUCACCACCGCGUUCAUCGACUUCUUCGCCAGAAUCGGCUGGGCAUACGACCUGAAGACCGUGGCGCACGACAUUGUGAUCAAACGCGCAAGCAGAACGGGAGACGGCUCGAUAUACGAGCGAACGAACACCACGACGACUGAUCAUCACGAUGCCCAUCAGCAUACGCAUGAGGGUGCCAUAUGGGGCUGGGGUGACACCGACAUGGCGCCUGAAGAUAUGCAGAAAGUCACGAUCAUUAACAAGGGCGACUAAGCCCGCGAUUGUCGAGUCUCUCGGUACCUCUAUCUGCGGCAUUAAACUCGGCCGGGAUUGCGUAAAGCGUGGAUAUUCGAUGGACGACAUAAGUGAUUUACGUGUGGUCGUGCAAACUCAUAAUAAGAAUUUACAAGUUGAUCGCGAUCGAAGUCAUUCCUUUUUUAUCUAGCAAAUGAGGAAAAUUCGAUGAAAAUAAUGAAUUACAACUUGUUGACUUAAUCAAGGUCAUAAAAUAUUGUUUAAUUUUAGUUUUUAAAUGAAGCAGACUGGUUUGAUUCGGUGUAUAAUAAUUAUCCUAAUUUGCAAGUUUAAAUGUCACUCACAAUAUUGCUUCAUCAUGUUUGUGACUUGUGCUUGUUUUGUCUAGACGCAUGUUAAUAUUGUAGAUUGCAUUAAUCUUUUAAAAGUAAUUCUCUUUAAAGAUAUUAUUAAGAAGAUUUGCAAACUUGUACUAGUAAUAGAAAAGAUAUUUUACGCGCAAAUUAUUGAAAAAACGGUGUAACGUUCGUCGAAUAUGCACGCUCCGCGCUAACAGGUUCCCUUCUUACUUGUUUUAGGUAUUAUUGGAUAGGAAGGUAAUCGCCCAAAGAACAGUGAUCAAUCAUUUUAACGGCGUCAAUUAAUAUUUAUUGUAUAAUAUUGUUCAUACGCGUAUUGUUAUCGUUCCUCUCUUCAAUCGGCCGCUAGAAAGUCACGGGCAGCAUCUUGUGGAGCAGCGAGAUACAAGAAACCUUGAGACUCAAGAUACCGUGACUUUUUCUCGGACCGAUCGGCUUCCGAGAUCGAUCUAAGUGUUUUCAAUCAGGGAUCUAUAACACGGAAGUGCUGUCACGCGUUGAAAUAGCGUUUUCUGCCAUAAGGACUCGGCUCCGUUGGAAGAUCAAACGUGGUCUUGCGAGAUUUCGUGGAAAAUUAUAUAAUAUCGGGAAUUCUCCGAUGACAAACUUCACAACUAUCUGUUAUCCACACAUUCCUCGACCGAUUCGGUCGGGGUCGCUUUAUUUCUUCAAAAGAAUUAUCGAGGGACCAGUAUAUUAAAUUAUAUUAAAAAUUGACUAAGAAGAAAGGCAAGAGCCAAACCAAGACUUCUUUCCGCUCGAAAGAUGCAAAAUUUAAUAUUUCCACUUGAUUAUAUAUUUUAAUUUAUUUAAUUUCAGUAAACAUUAGUAAACUCGUAAGUAGCUUGCAAAUCGCAGAUGCGUUUUAUGAGAAGAUCGGAACUUGAUAUUGAGGAAGGUUCUUAUUGAAGGUUGAUAUUGAAGAAAUGAUCGAAGAAUACAUAAAUGAAGACGUAGAUUUCACUAGAUGUGGAAUAUACCUCGCGUAUUAUUCUGCGGUACCAAAUCGAAGGUAAUGCAAAGCGGUGUCGCGUGCAAAGCUUAAUCCAAUAGACACAAGCGGAUUUGAGCAGCGAUCCGGGUUAGUGUGCUGGCGUGUCGUACAAUCAAAUUAAGUACCUACGAAUCAAAUUCAUUCGUGGCCUUCUGAGUAGCUGUUUCUAGGAUGCAUUAAGCAUUGCCGCGUUUCUGGCUAUUAUUAAGACUGUUUUAGUGAAUCUCAUGGUCAAUUCCGUAAUACUCGCGACGCGGCAGAGCGCGAAUCGCAAUCAAACUUUUAACGUUGUAAUAUCGAUUAAAUCGGUCGAUUUUAUUAUAGUAGGAUUUUAGGUACACGGCUAGAGUGAUCUACAUUGUGCUUUAUAAAAAGCGAAUACUAUUAAGAAACAGAAAGACCGACGAGAAAUUUACGAUUUCAAUAACUAUCAGUCGCGCGAAAAAUAGCUCUCAUAUUACUGUCGUUCGGGCGGGUAAUUAGUAAGUGUUACGUCUCGAUGACUGACUUCGACAUGAUGACGAUGAAAAUUCCACAUGAUAUCAGAUUACUUUCGUCAUCAUAAUAUAAUUACACCAGUUUUGAUGACACCGGUCGUUGAUUUCCUGUCUUUGAUUUUCUGUUUUUCUCGUUUUAAUCAUCGCGAAUAUACCAUACGUACGUAUAACAAUUAAAAUUGAUUCACUCAUGGAAAAAUUAAGUGACCUAUUUACUUUAAACGUGAACCUAUCUUCGAAUUUCGUUACAUUUCCGCUAUAUUUCUAGCCAAGUAGUAAAUUCUUCUUUUAUGACACAGAGGUGCAGCAUAGACGCAUUCUUGGUAGCACAAUGUUAUCGCAACAUCAUGAUCGUAACGCACGUUACGACAGUAAUAUUUCAGCUAUAGCUAAUCGCGCGAAGGAAUUAUUUUCGCGUGUUGCGCGUGACCAGAAGACGCGUUAGAAAUAUCGGUGGUGAUACAGAUAGGUCUGGCAAUCGAACCGUCACUCGCUGUGCCGUUUCUCGCGCAAUCAAUUAUUGAUACGAUUUGCGACGUGCCGCGGACCCGAAUUUCGUUUGUCUUCCGUAAAUAAUCGCCCCGUGUUGGAUCCGGAUCCGAUGGCGCGGCCGCAAAUGGUGAUUUGCAAAGCGGUCGUUAUGACGGCGCAUUGUUCCUGGCGCGUUAUGUUAAUUGCACAACGCUUGGCGUCCAAUAAAAAUCCACGCUUUUUUAUCGUUGCUUUUAUUCGGCGAUAACGGACGAUGGCGUGUUCGCCGCGGAAACGUCCGCGCUAAUCUCGCGUGGACCAGCGACUCUUUGACUCACUCGAGCGAUCACGCGUGGACUUUCGCGAAUCUCCGUACUUUGCCAUGGCGUUUGCUCAAUAAUGUAAGUAUAGCAUGUGCAUAUAGGGUGUUUGAAGUCGUCAAAAUGCUCUAUCGAUUAAUCAGGAUCCAUAUCCUGCAUGCAAAUUUCUAAAACGAGAUUAGUCCUACGAAAACGAAGAUCGAAAUUGGCGAAAUGGAGCAAUUAGUGAUCCGUAAUUUCUCCAGACGUGAUGAUCACUCGAGUGCUGAAAUUCGAUUGUCGGCCGGUUGUUGGAUGUAAGACGAAUCUGCUGUAAAUUUUUCCAUUAUCCUUAAAAGCGCGUCUCGCUCUUGUUGUGCUUUGUCUUCCUGAUAUUGAGAUACCGCUGAUGUCGAAAGAGGCAAUGCAUGAUCUUGCGGCUGUGGUAAGAUCUUCGAUUUCAACAGGCUUGCGUUCGUUCCGUCUUGCAGCAAUCUCUCGUAAUGCGCGAUUCUAUUUAUCUUUUGCUUUAGAGCUCGUCGUGAAAUUGUCACUCCGCGAGAUAUUCCCACGAAUUUGCAUCACCGUAAACGCUCGGUUCGCGCAGUUAUACAACACACUUGGUGCGCGUGCAAUUUAUUCAUCUGUGAUGAUUUUCUCAUUUGAGGACCCAUUUGAGGGAAACACAAAUUACUCUCAAGAGUCAUCGCGAAUGGCUACUGGCAGAGAGAAAGAGAGACCGUUAUAAUCACUUUCUUACUUAUUUCUGUUCUCUUGCUUUUUUUUACUCUCGGGAGGUAUGAGAGGUAUUCUCAAGUGAACAUCAAACUUAACGGUCCUCUCCGGCGACCGAGAUGAUUGUCCGACAAGUUCGUAAAUUAUGGCUAAUCCAAGCGCAAGAUCCCUGUUAACGCGAGAGGCCCACGUUAAGCAUACGUUCGAUGUAAGUUACUUUCUGAAGUUCUCUUAAGAAUACGUUAAGCAAUAUCUCGCUACGAGUAUAACCGGCGCACUUCCGUUGCGCUUUUCUGUUUUCUUAAGCGGUAGGUGCAGUAUCGGAGCCUUGAUAAGUCUUAUAGAUUUUAAGAAUGUAGUUUAUAGGGGAUAUUAUGUGGUUAAUAAUGUAAAAAUAAUGUCGACACGGAUGAUGCGCGCUUCGUCGUAUUUACAGUCUCGUUCCAUUGCGAACGUGGAUUUUGCUAAGACAAUAUCUCGGUAUUUACACUGUAUUUAUAAAUAAAUUAUUGUUAUCGCGCAAUA